AUGUUUGUUAUCAAACGCGACGGCCGUCAAGAGCGUGUCCUCUUUGACAAGAUCACCUCUCGCAUCAACAAGCUAUGCAACAACUUGAAUGCCAACUACAUUGACCCUCCCAAGAUUGCACAAAAGGUGGUUACUGGCAUGUACCAGGGUAUUACCACUGUCGAAUUGGACAACCUUGCUGCCGAGACUGCCGCCUAUAUGACAACCACACAUCCUGACUAUGCAAUCCUUGCUGCUCGUAUUGCCGUAUCCAAUCUUCACAAGGAAACCGAUGAGAAGUUCAGCAAGGUGGUCAGCACAUUGUAUGAGCACGUCCAUCCCAAGCUCAAGUGUCACAAUCCUUUGGUGUCCAAGGAACUCUACGAGAUCAGCCAAAAGCAUGCCGACAGGAUCGAUAGCGCCAUUGAUUACGAGCGUGAUUAUGAUUUCAACUUUUUCGGUUUCAAGACGCUCGAGCGAAGCUACUUGAUGAAGAUUGAUGGCCAUUUGGUUGAACGUCCUCAACACUUGAUCAUGCGUGUGGCUCUCGGCAUCCACGGUGAGGAUAUUGAUGCAGCUUUGGAAACAUACGAAUACAUGUCCUGCAAGUACUUUACGCACGCCACGCCAACUCUUUUCAACGCCGGCACACCUCGUCCUCAAUUAUCCAGCUGUUACCUUGUCCAAAUGAGAGAUGAUAGCAUCGAAGGCAUUUAUGAUACCCUGAUGACAUGUGCUCGCAUUUCCAAAUCAGCCGGUGGCGUUGGUUGCAGCUUCCAAAAGAUUCGUGCCUCUGGCUCCUACAUUGCUGGUACCAAUGGUACAUCCAACGGCAUUGUUCCCAUGUUGCGUGUAUAUAAUGAUACCGCCCGUUUUGUCACUCAAGGUGGUGGCAAACGCAAUGGCAGUUUUGCCAUGUACCUUGAACCAUGGCAUGUGGAUGUCUUUGACUUUUUGGAUUUACGCAAGAACCAUGGCAAAGAAGAAGUCCGUGCUCGUGAUCUUUUCCUUGGCUUGUGGGUGUCUGAUUUAUUCAUGAAACGUGUGGAAGCCAAUGCUGAAUGGUCACUAUUUUGUCCCAAUGAAGCCCCUGGUCUUGAUCAAUGCUAUGGCGAAGAGUUUGAAGCUCUUUAUCUCAAAUAUGAACAAGAAGGCAAAGCUCGCCGCUCCGUGAGUGCUCAAAAGUUGUGGUUUGCCAUCCUUGAUGCUCAAAUUGAGACUGGUAUGCCUUACAUGCUCUACAAAGAUGCAUGCAAUCAAAAAUCCAACCAAAAGAACUUGGGCACUAUCACCGGUUCCAACUUGUGCACUGAAAUCAUUGAAUACUCUGCUCCUGAUGAAGUUGCUGUUUGCAAUUUGGCAUCCCUUGCUUUGCCUAAAUUUGUAUCAGAUGGAGCAUUUGACUUUGACAAGUUACACAAGGUGACCAAGGUUGUGGCCAAGAAUUUGAAUCGAGUCAUUGAUGUCAAUUAUUAUCCUGUGGAGGAAGCAAAGAACAGCAACAUGAGACAUAGACCUAUUGGUCUUGGUGUACAAGGUCUUGCUGAUGCUUUCUUGCUGUUACGCCUGCCAUUCGAUUCAGAGGAAGCUCGUCAAUUGAACAAGGAUAUCUUUGAGACCAUCUACCAUGCUGCUUUGGAGGCCUCUUGUGAACUUGCUGAAAAGUUUGGCACCUACCAGACCUAUGAAGGCUCCCCUAUCAGCAAAGGCAUCUUACAACAUGACAUGUGGGGUGUACAAGGCUCAGAUCGUUUGGAUUGGGAUGGAUUACGUGCCAAGAUUGCCAAGCACGGUGUUCGCAACUCCCUUCUCGUAGCACCCAUGCCUACUGCCAGCACCAGCCAAAUCCUUGGCAACAAUGAAUGCUUCGAACCUUAUACUAGCAACAUUUACACUCGUCGUGUAAUGAGCGGAGAAUUCCAAGUCGUGAACCACCAUUUGUUGAAGGAUCUUAUUGAUCGUGGCAUGUGGAAUGAGCAAGUCAAAAAUAUGAUCAUUGCACACAAUGGCAGUAUCCAGAAUGUGCCUGGUAUUCCUGAUGAUCUCAAGAGGCUUUACAAGACUGUAUGGGAAUUGUCUCAACGUGUCAUUAUUGAUAUGGCUGCCGAUCGUGCUGCAUUCAUUGACCAAUCUCAAUCCAUGAACCUCUUCGUGGCCGAACCAACCUAUGGCAAACUCUCCUCCAUGCACUUUUAUUCUUGGAAACGUGGUCUGAAGACUGGCAUGUACUAUUUGCGAUCACGACCUGCAGUGGAUGCCAUCAAGUUCACUGUGGAUCAGCUUGCACUAAAAGACCCUGCAGACAAAAAGGAACAAGACGAAGCCAACUUGGCUGCUAUGCAAUGUUCACUUGACAACAGAGAUGCAUGCAUUAGCUGCAGCGGUUAA